AUGAUUAAUACGGUUGAAUUUCUACUUAAUUGUAUAACACUUGUGAUUGGUAUAUGUACAUGGAUGAUGAUACUAAUGAUUUUAAUGUUAAUUUUUUAUUAUUUAUUUCAUAAUCGUAUAAAACAAGAAGACAAAAUGACAAUUAUUCAUGGUAUUAAUAUGUAUAUAUUAUUAUUGAUAUUUACAACAAUUUCAGUUUCAUUUAAUAUUCAAACAAUGUUAGGUGACUUAAACGAACAAAAUUUUAAUUCAUUUUCAUGUAUACUUGCAGGAUAUUUUGUCAUCGUUUCUAUUAAUUCUUUAUAUUAUGUUUUCUUCAAUCAGGCUUUGUUUCGUCUUUGCCGAAUUGUAUAUUCAACAUAUGAAUGGAUUCAAUUAUCAUGGAUUCAUAUAAUUUUAUCUCCUAUUGAAAUUAUUUUAAUUUGUAUUCUUUAUUCUCCAGCAUUUGUCUGGCAUGAUAUUGUUUAUUUAACAAAAGAAUAUUAUUGUUUCAUAGAUUAUACAAAUCUUCGUCUAUCACUUUGGGUUUCAUUUAAUACAUAUGGUAUUCCUUUAUGUCUUUUAAUGUUAGUUUAUUUACGAAUUACAAUAUUUAUUCGUCAACAAUCAAAUAAUUUAACAUGGUUGACUAAAAAAACGUCAACAACAAGAUUUAAUUGUUAUUCGACAUUUUAUAUAACAGGUAAAUUACAUCCACUUUUCUAUCGUAUUUUAUGGUUUUCUGUUACUUUAUCAAUGAUGAUAUUAACAAUAACAAUGAUUAUUUUAACACCACAAUUGAAGAAAAUUGUUUUUAAAUAUUUUCGACACAAUCGUGUCAUACCAAUAAAUAGAACAUUACCAAAUCAAAAUCAAAAUCAACAAAGAUAUAUUACAACUAUUCUAUAA